UUUUUAAAAGAAUUGACUUAACGUCUUGUUUUUACAGGUUGUUAUUGAUGCCUUCAGAUUGAUCAAUGCUAAUAUGAUGGUCUUAGGACAUGAACCAAGACAAACAACCUCAAAUUUGGGUCAUUUAAACAAGCCAUCUAUCCAGGCCUUAAUUCAUGGACUAAACAGACAUUAUUACUCCAUUACUAUUAACUAUCGGAAAAAUGAACUUGAACAGAAGAUGUUGCUAAAUUUGCAUAAGAAGAGUUGGAUGGAAGGUUUGACACUUCAGGACUACAGUGAGCACUGUAAACACAAUGAAUCAGUGGUAAAAGAGAUGUUGGAAUUAGCCAAGAAUUACAACAAGGUAAAAGUUACUUCCAACAUUUCAUUUUUUUUUUUUUUGAAGAUUUUUUUGAGGUUUAUUUCUCAUAAUUUUGGAAAUAUGUGUGAUUAGGAAUCAAGCAUUGUA